AUGGGUGUCGCGAAGAAGAAUGUGAAGGCGACCAAGAAGUUUGAGAAGAACCAUCUCAAGGGCGUGCUAGAGAAGCGAAAGGCCGGUGCGAAGAUCAAGCAGCGGCAGCAGAUUCAAGCCAAGAAGCAGGCCAAGCGCAGCCAAGAUGCCGACUUCUUCAAGAAGACGGGCGAGGUGGCUGAACAGGCGGCCAGCAGGAAGAAGCGGCCCGAUGCCAAUGUCAGCAGCAUGAGCGUCGAUGACUUCUUCCAGGGCGGCUUCCAGAUCAUCGAUGGUCAAGACGGCGAGCCAAAGCCGACGACGGCUGCCUCGCCAGCUCACCUCGGCAAGCGGAAACGCACCGGGGCAGCGGCGGAGGAAGAAACGACAGGAACGGGAGCUACGGGCAGCAGCGACGACGACGACAACGACGACGACAGCCAAGAGGGCGAUGCCGGCAUGAGCAAGGCGGCGAUGGAAGCGCUAGCCGAGAAGGACCCCGAGUUUUACCAGUUUCUCAAGGAGAACGACCCGGAGGCGCUCGACUUUGACGAGGACGCAGACCUGGCCGAGAUUGACGAGCUGAGCCCAGGCGAAGAGGAGGACGAGGAUGAUUCGGACGAGGACGCCUCUGACGAGGAGGGAGAAGCGGUCAAACGGCCGAGAAAGAAGCAGAAAAAAGCAAAGGCAGCAGCAGCAGCAGCACCGGUGGACAACGAGCUGACGCGGGCCAUGGUGAGCAAGUGGCGAGCAUCAAUGGCAGAGACGUACUCGCUGCGGGCAGCACGACAGGUGGUGCUGGCGUUCCGCAGUGCAGCACACCUGAACGAGAAGGAUGCAGACGACGACGGAAGCGCGCAGCGGUACUCGAUCAAGAGCCCGGCCGUGUUCCACGAGAUCCUGAUGGCGGCACUAGAACAGGUGCCGCUGGUGCUGCAGCAUCACGUGCCAGUCAAAGAGUCGGCAGCACACCGUGUGUACGUGCCGACGGAGACGAAGAAGUUUAAGACGCUGUCGCUGCUGGUGCGCAGCUUUGCGGCAUCGGUGCUUCACCUGCUGGGGACGCUGUCAGACGACGGGACGCUGAAGCUGACGCUGUCGGCACUGACGCCGCUGCUGCCGUAUCUGCUGUCGUUCCGCAAAUUGUUGAAGCACGUGAUCAAGACGGUAGUCGCCUUCUGGGCGCAGCCAGCCAGCAGCGAGACGACGCGGAUCACGGCCUUUCUGGUGCUGCGCCGGCUCGUCGUCAUCGGCGACAAGGGCGUGCGCGAGGCCGUGCUCAAGGCAACCUACCUCGGCCUCGUCCAGGGCUGCCGCACGACCAACGCGAACACGCUGGCCGGCAUUCACCUGAUGAAGAAUUCGGCGGCCGAGCUAUGGGGCAUCGAUCCGGCCAUCGGCUACACGACCGCCUUUGCGGCCAUCCGCCAACUGGCCAUCCACCUGCGCAACAGCAUCGUGCACAACCAGAACAACGCCUUCCGCGUGGUGUACAACUGGCAGUACGUCCACUCGCUCGACUUCUGGUCCGUCGUCCUGGCCGAGCACUGCAGCCCGCUGCGCGAGGCCGAGGGCCACAGUGGCGGUUCUGGCAGCCAGCUGAAGCUGCUCGUCUACCCGCUCGUGCAGGUGACCCUGGGUGCCAUGCGGCUGAUCCCGACGGCCAUGUACUUCCCGCUGCGCUUUCAGCUGUUCCGGUCGCUGCUGCGCGUGUCGCGGGCUACCGGCACCUACAUCCCGCUGGCGCCGCUGCUGCUCGAGGUCCUCAGCUCGGCCGAGAUGAAAAAGGGCGGCCGCAGCGCUGGUGCCGACGUCAAGGAGCUCGACUUUGCCGUCGCCUACAAGGCCCCCAAGUCGUACCUGCGCACCACCGUCUACCAGACCGCCGUGGGCGAGCAGGUCGUCGAGCUGUUGUCCGAAUACUUUGCUCUCUGGGCCACCAGCAUCGCCUUUCCCGAGCUCGCCCUGCCGGUCGUCAUCAUGCUGAAGCGCUGGCUCAAGGAGGCCCGGAAGCGCGGCGGCAGCAGCAGCAGCAGCCAUGGCCGCGGCGGCAAGGGCUCCGGCUACCGCCCCAACAGCAAGGUCAUCGCCGGCCUCGUCUUGCUGGUCCAGAAGCUCGAGGCCAACGCCAAGUUCAUCGAGGACAGGCGCGCCCGCGUCGACUUUGCACCGCGCGACCGCACCCAGGUCGACGCCUUCCUCAAGGACUUUGACUGGCAGAAGACCCCGGUCGGCGCCUUUGUCAUGACGCAGCGCCAGCUCAACGCUGAUAAGCAGCGCGGCCUGGCCGAGGCCCGGAAAGAGGACGCCCAGAAGCGGCUUGAGGAGAAGAAGCAGGUGCGGGAGGAAAUGGUUGUGGAUGAGGAAGAGGAGGAGGAUGAGGAGGACGAGGAGGGUGAGGAGGAUGAGGAGGACGGCGACGACGAUGACGACGAGGAUGAGGAGGAAGAAGACGAGGAUGACGACUUAGAAUGA